CCGCAGUCGCUCUGUUGUGGGGUCCUCGCUCUGCGGCGCUUCCUGGUCCACGUAUUGAGAAGAUCACUAACAUCCUCUUUGACAGAUAAUGACACCUGUCCGGGUUUAUCCGCACGCUGCUCCUCUCUCGUGUCCGCCAGCUGGACCCCGGCGGUAGCUGAGGCACUUUGUCACUUGGUCACGCUUCUAACGGAAACACAAUGUCUUGGUUUGCUGACUUGGCAGGGAAAGCUGAAGACUUCCUGAACAAAGUGGACCAGGGAGCUGCCACUGCCCUGACCAUAAACCAGGAAAGAUCAUCGUCCUUUUCGUCGUCCUAUGAAGAAGAAUCCGUUGUCAAACCUGAAUACGACACUGCGGGGUACAAGACCCUCGCACCUGCAACACAGCAUGCCUAUGCAUCCUCUGAGGAGGCACCCAGCUACAUCCCUGCAGCAGCUGCCAACAUUAAGAGAUCCGGUGCUAACCUGCUUGGUUCUGCCAACGUGGCCAGUAUCCCCUCUAGUUCUGGCAGCAGUGCCUCCAACUCUGCCAAGACCUCGUCUGGCUUUGUGAGGCCCAAAAAGAGCGAGCAGGAUGUGGACGAUGACAUGCUCUUUGACUUUCUGAACAGCUCGGAGCCUCCAGUCAGCGCCAGGAGUGAUUCAAGAAGAGAACUUGUGAAAGUGGCAGUUCCGGUUACUGAGGCCCAAAACCCAACGCCACCUCCUUCCACCUCUCCUCAUACCAUCCCCUCGGCCCCGUCGACGCCCCCCUCAACCCGGGGUGUGUCCAGGGCCUCGAGCAUGAGCUCCCUGUCUACUCACAGCAUCAAAACAUCAGAUGAGAGCUCUGCCAAAGAACAAAGCCAAGACACACCUGAGAGUUCAGACUCAGGCUCUGUGGUCCCUCUAGAGCCCAGCAGGCCGGAGCCUCCUCCCACAGAGGAGCCACAGAGCCACAUCCUGUCCAGCCUGCGUCUGGAGAACCAGCUGCUGCGCAGUGAGGUGGGCUCCCUCAACCAGGAGAUGUCUUCAGUCAUCCAGAGGGCAAAAGACUUGCAAGACGAAUUGAACCAGGCUCGUCUACGUGCAGACAGAUGGAACUCGGAGCAAUCUCAGGGGGACCGCAUGUCACGGGAACUUCGCUUAAAGGUCGACGACCUUACAGAAGCCAUGUCUGCCAAAGACGGUCAACUCGCGGUCCUAAAGAUCCGACUUGAUGAGGCAGAUCAGAUGCUGAAGUCCCGCAGCGCGGCAUUAGAGGAGGCACAGAAGGAACGGUCGAGAAUUGUGCAAGACCACUCCGAAGGGAGCAGCAUGCAGUCUCAAGCUCUGGAAACCAUCCAGGAGCGGCUGCGAGACGCCGAACUGGGCGUCAGGAGGGAACAGGACAACUACCGGCAGAUGCAGAGUGAGUACGUGGGCCGCCUGUCCAGAGUGGAGGCUGAGAGGCAGACGCUCGCAGAGACGGUGACCGCAGCGGAGCGGCGAGCUGCGGACGAGAAGCUCCGAGUCGACGACCUCCAACCGCAACUGAAAAGUGCCAAAGCUGCAGCUGAGCUCGCCAAGAUGGAGUUACAAGACUACAAGCACAAAGCUUCACGCAUCCUGCAAUCCAAAGAGAAGUUGAUCAGCAGUCUGAAGGAGGGGUCUGGUCUGGACACUCUGGACGGCAGCGGGGCGAUGGCUCUGGAGCUGGAGGACCUGCGUCACGAGAGGGAACUGCAGAAGGAGGACAUCCAGAAGCUACAGGGGCAGCUGCACACGCUCCGGAUAGAAAUACAGGACUUGGAGAACCAGGCGCUGACGGAGGCGGAUGCUUGGCGGGAGCAGCAGCUGCAGUUUGAGGAGCAACAGAUGUUUCAGAACAGAGUGAAGAAGGAGGUGGAGGCUGAGGUGGAGCGCUACAAACAGGAGCUGCAGUACCUCGAGGAAGAGCAGCAUCGAGCCAAGACCUCUCUGCAGAGCAGAAUCAAGGACCGGGAGGAUGAAAUCCAGAAGCUCAGGAACCAGUUGACCAACAAGACUCUGAGCAGCAGCAGCCAGACGGAGCUGGAGAACCGUCUCCACCAGCUGACGGAGACGCUGAUCCAGAAGCAGACGAUGCUGGAGGCUCUGGGCACAGAGAAGAGCUCCCUGGUGUUCCAGCUGGAGCGCCUGGAGCAGCAGCUGAAGAGCAGUCCGGGGGGUCAAAGUGGGGGGCCGACCAUCAACAUGAGCGGUGUGGAGGGAGCAGUGGCACGCCAAAGAAACACCCCCGUCCUGUUCAGUGAUCAGGACAGUCCAGGAGUUUAUGGCAAAGUCCGCAAGGCAGCGAGCACCAUCGACCGCUUCAGCAUCAGACUGGGUAUCUUCUUGAGGCGUUACCCGAUGGCCAGAGUCUUCGUCAUCCUGUACAUCGCGUUGCUGCACAUGUGGGUCAUGAUUGUUCUGCUGACGUACACCCCAGAGAUGCACCAUGCUCAUCCUGAUGGAAGAUAGAAGCUUUACAGUCGGGUGUUAUAGGAUGUUUGUUCCCCUCGGUGUGAGGACGGUACGGCUGCUGGAAUACGAGCUCUGGGUCCUGACUCGCCCUGUUUUGCACAGAAAUGCUAUGAAAGAAAAGACAUUUCCGAUUUAUUCUUUAUUUUUUACAACUGAAGAUCGAUAACUGCAUUAAGUUUUAAAGUAAUUAAUUCCAGAGUGAUAUAUUGUAUUGGUGGUCUGGACAUUAAAUCACAUCUGUGUUCUCAUCAUCUGCUUUCAGACCUCUGGUCUCUUGAGAGAUUGUAUUUAGCACGAUGUAAAAAUAAAAGCAGAAGGAUCUUUUAAUAAACACGUUAGAAGAAACGACCCGGCCUGGCACUUUUCUACUGGUCAUGAGGAGAGACCAAGUCCAACAAUGUGAGUUUGGAGUCCUAAUAAAGUCUCAUUACGCUCUCAUCAUUUUAACAACACAGUAAUAAUUUGGUAAAUGUACAAUAAAUUAUUAAAGUAUUUAUUUGUUAAAACAAGUGAUUCAUACUUUCAUAGCAUCCAGCACCAUUAAGCAUCUGUAUGUCUGUCCUGUUGUAUCUCCUGCUGAACACAGUUUUAUGUAAAACUAUUCUACCUUUUGAAAGUGAUAAUGUAUGUUGUUGUUUUCUGGAUCGAGGGAAUAAAGUGUCGACUUGCUGGGAAUAAAUAGCGUUAGAUGA